AUGGUAUUCCUGCGAGAUUAUACGAAAAUGGACCCGUUAACUGCUGCCAAGCACUCUCUAGCUGGUAGUCAGUUGGGAAAGACCAUAUGCAAGGCAACGACUGAGGAGUUAAUGGCACCCAAAAAGAAACAUCUUGAUUAUUUGUUACAUUGCACGAAUGAGCCGAAUGUGUCAAUUCCAUCAAUGGCAAAUUUAUUAAUAGAGAGAACACAACAUCCGAAUUGGACUGUAGUGUACAAAGCUCUCAUCACAAUUCACAAUAUCAUGUGCUACGGUAAUGAGAGAUUCUCGCAGUAUUUGGCAUCUUGCAACACCACAUUCAACUUGGGAAAUUUCCUUGACAAGAACAGCACUUCAGGAUACGAUAUGUCUCAGCAUGUGCGACGAUAUGGAAAGUAUAUCGGAGAGAAAAUAGCGACGUAUCGAGUCUGCGCAUUUGAUUUUUGCAAAGUUAAGCGUGGAAGAGAAGAUGGCCUUCUGCGCACUAUGCACACUGACAAGCUACUCAAGACUUUACCUAUCCUUCAAAAUCAAAUUGAUGCGCUUCUGGAAUUCCAAGUCUCAGCUAGCGAACUGAACAAUGGCGUCAUCAAUUGCUCGUUCAUACUUCUUUUCCGCGAUCUCAUUCGUCUUUUUGCAUGUUACAACGAUGGAAUCAUUAAUUUGUUGGAGAAAUAUUUCGACAUGAACAAGAAGCAGUGUCGUGAUGCUCUCGACACAUACAAAGGAUUUUUGACUCGCUUGGAUAAGGUGUCGGAAUUUUUGCGUGUUGCUGAGUCUGUUGGUAUUGAUCGAGGCGAGAUUCCAGACUUGACUAGAGCUCCGGCGAGUUUGCUGGAGGCUUUAGAAGCUCAUUUAAACCAUCUGGAAGGUGGUCGAGCUCCACCAACAGGCCUCUCGGGGCAUUACCCGUCCGCUCAGUCUCAAGUUGCCAAUUUUUCUAUGGCUGGUGGGUUUCAAACGCAAGCGCACGUCGGUGAUGCUGAGCGAACGAGGUAUAUAGAGCUGGAAAAGGAAAGACUGCGACAGUUUGAAGAGCAGAAACGUCAGCAGGGUGCCGCCGGCUCCUCGUCGAUGGGCUCAAGUUUCAAUCCAUUUGCUGCAGAGGCAAUGUCUGCUCAAGCUUCUACAAAAACGAAUGAUGAUUUGCUUGACUUAUUUAAUGCUCCUGCUCAGCCUCAACAACCCCAUAUGGAUGCUACGAAUCCGUUUGCGCAGUUCACUUCUCCUAAUGCAACAAAUCCACAAGCUUCUGUUUAUCCUUCAGUUGGAGGAGUUGUGCCUCAAUCGAUUGCGUCGUCUGGUGUACUUUCCGAAUCCAACGGACACUCGAACGGUUUCCAAGCAGAUUUCGUGCGGGCAUUCUCCAGUAGAAACACCAACGAUACUGGUGGAGAUGGCAUGGCUGAUGCUAAUCCUUUCCUCAAUAUGGGACAAUCAGCACCACAAGCCGGAUCGAUGUGGCAGCCUGAAUUCAGUUCUGAACAUGCAUCUGUGACGAAUACGGAAGCAGCGAAUUCUCACCCUGGAAUGGCCACCAGUCAAGCCACAAAUCCAUUCAGUGGAGCUUCACUCCAAGCGCAAGGAGCGACACCUCAGCAUCUUCAGCAGCACAUGGACGCACAGCGGUUUGCAUCUGCGAACUCUUCAUAUGCUCAGCAGCAGCAGCAAGGCACCUUCGAUCCAUUUUCGACGCAGCAAGGACAAGCUAAAAUAGGAAGCGAUAUUGACUCUGCGCUCUCAAAUCUUGCAGAUAACCUUUCCAUAAGUGGAAAUAAUCAGGGGCGCCCUGUCCAAUGGGGUGGACCACAACAGCAAGGGCCAGGACAGAUGCAGAUUCCUUCCUCGGUCACCGCUCCAUCUGUAGGAGCUCCACCAAUGGCUUCAUAUGGACAACCACCACAGUACACUACUCCAUUCGGACAAUACGCUCCUCAAGGUUAUCCCGGCGGACACAUGCCACAAUGGCAGGUUCAGCCACAUGUAUUUCCUGCACCCCAACACCCUCAGGGUGCGCCAUCCGGUUAUCCUGUCUACGGAGGAGCUCCUAUGGGGUACGGACAAGUGGCACAACCUCAUCCUCAAUCGGGGCAAGAUCCUUUUGGAUUCUAA